AUGGGACUCUCAAAGACCAACAGGAUUAUCAUCCUGCUGGUAAUCGACACUAUCUUCUUUUUACUUGAGUUGAUCACUGGCUUGAAAGCAAUGUCUCUUGGCCUGCCGUUUGACUAUGGCUCACGCGUCUCUUGUUUAGGUUAUACCGUCCACUCGCUUGCUCUGGUCGCCGAUUCCUUUCACAUGCUGAAUGAUGUUCUCUCCUUGUGUGUGGGACUAUGGGCCGUGAAGGUCGCUAAUAGCGAGACCAACUCGAAAAUGUACACUUAUGGUUGGCAACGAGCCGAAACUCUGGGUGCUUUGGUUAACGGGGUGUUCCUGGUUGCAUUGUGCAUGUCAAUCUUCCUAGAGGCUAUCCAACGAUUGGUCGAGCCCCAGGAAGUGCAGAACCCUAAAUUCGUUUGCAUUGUUGGCUGCUUUGGACUGUUCUCUAACAUUGUGGGACUGGCGUUGUUCCACGAUCACUCUCAUGGUGGCCAUGGUCACAGUCAUGGUCAUGAUCACGGCCAUGGAGAGGAUGUGGAGGCGGGCCAUGAUCACGACCACGAUCACCAUGACCACGAGGAUUCUGCGAUUACUGAUCAUGAUCACCAUCACGCCAAUGGUCAUGACCAUGACCAUACUGCAAGUGACCUGCCAUCAUCUCCAUCUCGUAAGCGCCGGGUGGAUCCACAGACUCGGGGCCCAAGACGGUACAGCACAGGCCUGACUAGUGUUGAGGACAUCUAUGUGCAUCCAGCGACCAUGAGACAGGACAUCAUUGCUGCUAGUCGGGAAUCCUUUGACAACGGUCAGUCAUCUGACGAUUCGGAUACGCGCGAAGAUGAAACUCCCACAGAGCGAUCUGGUCUGUUACGCAAUCGGGACCGAGCCUCCAACUACACUGAUGAAGAGACGCUCCCCAUCAAGGCUCACACUCAUGCGGAAGUUGAUGUCCACCGGGAUCACAACCAUGCCCAGCCUAAGCCCAAGAGCCAGAAGGGAGGGCAUAGUCAUGACCUCAACAUGCGUGGAGUCUUUUUGCAUGUCAUGGGAGAUGCUUUGGGCAACAUUGGUGUGAUUGCAUCUGCACUCAUCAUUUGGCUGACUGACUACGAAUGGCGAUACUAUGUUGACCCAGGAAUUUCUCUCGUCAUCACCCUCAUCAUUCUUGCAUCGGCGAUUCCCCUCUGCAAGGCUGCAUCGCGAAUUCUAUUGCAGGCUGUUCCCAAAGGCCUGAGCAUCGACCACAUCAAGGAAGAUAUUGAGGGCCUCCCGGGCGUGAUUGGAACACACCAUCUCCAUGUCUGGCAGCUUAGUGAUACAAAGCUCGUGGCUUCGAUUCAUAUUCAAGUGGAUACCGGAAUCAAGGACGAAGGUUCAGCGCGCUACAUGCGCCUUGCUCGCCAGGUACGCCGGUGUCUCCAUGCCUAUGGAAUUCAUUCCUCAACCAUUCAACCUGAGUUUGCUCCUGGAAGCGAGGGUGAUGAGCUCCAAAACCAAACAUACGCAUCAUCAUCCCGUAACGGAGGCGAUGACCCAACCUCCAGUGGUGCCGCCAGUGUACGGGACAGUGAUACCCAAGCUUGCCUUCUCGAGUGUGAUGACAAUUGCGCUCAGGGAGGACAAUGCUGCCCUAAAAAGUCUUCUUAG